UUUCGAAGAAUUUUGCACCUUGCGAUAAAAAACCUACUGCGGGAUGAAGAACAGAAGAUAUCUACUUGUAUAAAUAGCCUCUGUCAAGAUUGACAACAGUACAGUUGAAAUCAGUUCAGCUUCAAGAACAAAUCUAAAAACAAAUAUUUCAAAAAUGAAAUUCUUCAUCGUUGUUCUGGCUCUGUUCGCCGUGGCUGCUGCGAGGCCUCAGGACGACAAGUACACCACCAAGUACGACAGCAUCGACAUCGAUGAGAUCCUGAAGUCAGACCGUUUGUUCAAGAACUACUUCAACUGCCUGAUGGACACUGGAGCUUGCACCCCGGAAGGAAACGAGCUGAAGCGUGUCCUGCCCGAUUCCCUGGAGAACAACUGUUCCAAGUGUAGCGAAAAGCAACAAACCUCCAGCACCAAGAUCAUCAAAUUCUUGACCGAGAACAAGCCAGAAGAAUGGACCAUGCUGAAGGCCAAAUACGAUCCCGAUAACAAGUACGUCCAGAAAUACGUGGCUGAUGCUGACAAGGAUGGAAUCAAGCUGUAAACGAAAUGGCUCUUACCUGGAAUUGACGAAGUAUUAACGACCCACUGCAAAGAUUUUUCUUGGUUUUCUUCUGUUACGAUUUUGAACAACGGAUCUCUGUUAUGAGUUGAAGACUGUAUCAAUAAAUUGCAGAUUUUUGUUUAAA